AUGGAUGCGAUGGAGACGCUCUGGCAACACUACAGCGAGGCAGGAUUCGGCAAGCACCUCGCGGGACGUUUCGGCUUCAGCCCGCAGCGAAAGAUCUGGAAGAAGAGGGUCCGAGGACAGUUCGACAAGUUCGCGGAGGAGGUCUCCUGGUUCACUGACACCUGGAAGAAUCGAAACUGGCCGGAUGAGUUCAUCUACACGCUCGAGGCCCCUGCCCGGCUCUCGGAGCUCCGAGCGGGGCACGCGCUGGGUGUAGGUCAUGGCGAGGUCAAGCUGCCUCGUCUUGCGGUUGCAGCGGGCGCUGAAGAUGAGCUAGGGCUCGGUGCUUUCACUGAGGUCGGCCAUCUGCCUCUCACGAACUGCAUCCGAGGGGCCCAAGUCCUAGAGGAGCUGCUGAGCCACCCGGCCAUCGAAAACAGAAAGGCUGCGGCAGUGAAGGCCCGGCCUACGAAGAAGUCAACGGACGAUUCGGACAGUGAAAUUGGCGGAGCCGUGUCUUCGCUGACGGCAGAUGCCAUGGAAACUGUCCGGCCGGCGAGGUCGCCGCGGCUGCACACCUUGGCCGCGGCGAAGUCGCCCUUCGAUCAGGUCCCCAAGGCCGUCAGCCUGGAUCCAUUGCUCAACGACCAGCUCAGCUCCAUGGGGCAGGAGGCAGAGCUUCCAGCACGGGGAGCUGAGCACUUUUCAAUAUUCCAAGCCUGGCAGAUUAGCCACCUGCUGCUGCGUGCGGGGCCCGCCAAAGAUUUCGAGGCGCCGUGA